AUGGCCACUGACGCACCGCGAUUCCCAUUCCAAAGAGCGUCGGUUCUCGACCCUCCAGCCGAAUACGCUCGCCUUCGGGCCACUGAACCGGUCUCCAGAGUCCAGCUUUUCGAUGGCAGUUUGGCCUGGCUUGUGGUCAAGUACCAUGACGUAUGUAAAGUAGCGACAGAUCAGAGGCUUUCUAAGGAGCGCAACCGGCCCGGGUUCCCCGAGUUGAGUGCUGGCGGCAAGGCAGCAGCCAAGAACAAACCAACCUUUGUGGAUAUGGACUUGCCUGCACACACUAUUCAACGGGGUAUGGUGGAGCCACUCUUUGUCAAGGAGCACAUCGAAGGGAUGAAGCCGUACAUCCAGAAGACGGUUGAUGAUCUUCUCGACGAGAUGGUUCGAAAAGGUUGCAGCGAACCCGUUGAUAUCGUGGAUAAAUUUGCACUACCAGUCCCAUCCUAUAUCAUCUACACGAUCCUCGGUGUUCCCUUUGAGGAUUUAGAGUACCUUACUCAGCAGAAUGCGAUCCGAACCAACGGCAGUGCAACUGCACAGGAAGCUUCAUUGGCUAAUCAGGAACUGCUCGACUAUCUUGCCAAGCUAGUUGACCUCCGACUUGAGGAGCCAAAGGAAGAUCUGAUCAGCAAGCUCGUCACAGAACAGCUCAAGCCCGGCCACAUUGAGAAAUCUGACGCCGUUCAAAUCGCGUUUCUGCUCCUAGUUGCCGGAAAUGCCACUAUGGUGUCUACCAUUGCUCUAGGUAUUGUGACUCUAAUGCAGAAUCCAGGUCAACUGGCGGAGAUCAAGGCCGACCCAUCUCUUAUUCCUGCCUUUGUCGAAGAGUUGUGUCGCUAUCACACUGGCUCUGCCCUCGCGAUGAAGAGAGUCGCCAAAGAGGACAUUGAACUCGGAGGAAAGACCAUUCGGGCAGGGGAAGGCAUUAUCGCCUCCAACCAGUCCGCCAACAGGGAUGAGGACAUAUUCCGGGACGCCGAUGUCUUCAAUCUCCACAGAGACAACCGCACGCAUGAUCCGCUUGGGUUCGGUUUUGGACCGCACCGAUGCAUUGCGGAAGUUCUAGCCAAAACGGAACUUGAAACUGCCUUUGCCGCCUUGUUCAAAAAGCUGCCCACUCUCAAGGUUGCCGUUCCGCUUGAAGAGGUUGAGUAUUCGCCGCUUCUCAGGGAUAUUGGAAUUUCCAAGUUGCCAGUGGUUUGGUAA